GCAUCACGGGGUUCUACGUCAUCAAGCUGCGCAGAGCUGAGGUGGCGUUAGACGGGAGGUUGUUCGUCUGGCGGCUCACCUGGACUCCCGUCGGCAGCUUUCAUCAUGACUAAACUUCUGCAGUGGCUGUUCGGUGUGGCGGUGGUGCUCGCUGUUUGGGCUCUGGUCUCCUUCGACCUGCUGGACCUGAGCCUGCCGCGGCCGUACAGAGAGGCGGCCUGGCCGAUGCCUCUCUACCUGCUGGUGUCGUUGGGCUGCUACUCGCUGGCCACGGUGGGGUACCGGGUGGCCACGUUCAACGACUGCGAAGAGGCAGCGAAGGAGCUCCAGGAGCAGAUCAAGGAAGCCAGAGAGGACUUGAGGAAAAAGGGGUUGAAGAUGUAGGACUUUAAGAGGAACUUUGCAGACUGAGAGGACCGCUGUGUUGCUUGAAAGUGUUUUGUUUAGGUUGUGUGAAAGGUUUUGGAUGAAACUGGACUCUGAACUGACACUGUGCUGAAUGUUUGAGGAUGUGAAUAUGAAUCAUGGCAACCCUUUGUACUGUUUUGUCAGUUUCCUGUUUUGUUUUGAUGAUAUUUUCUUCAGAAAAUGACAUAAAAAGCCCAAAUGUUUUUUUCUUUCUUGGUUGUGCAUAAAUAACAACAACGUGAACCUUUUAAGAUUUGCACAUUUUAUACAGCUCCUUUAUAAAGUGGCUGAAUUACACUGAACAAAAACACAAAGCCAGCAUGUAGUAUUUUAUUAAAUUCUAUCUAUUCUGUGGAAAUAAACAAAUGGCAGCUCUACAAAAGAAUAUAAAUUAGGAAAUAACCACCCUAAAUGAAACAAAAAUUGAUACAACUGGCUAAAUUUGAACUUUUCCUCUGCCACGAAAGGAACCCAUUCACAUGCUGCAGAUGUAUAUUUGUUCAGCGUAUAUUCAAACACAUCUUAAACCAGAAAAAAGUGAACGCAAACUGUGCUGUCUCUGCUCGGAAACUACACACAGCUGAGUUCUUGUCACUGUGAUGCUAAAACAUCAUCUGUAACCAGUUGCUGUUCGCUGAAAUGCCAGCGAACGAAACCCAAAGGUCACAUCGCAACAGUCUGACUAAAGACUGUUUCCACUGAGGAUUGUGGGAUGCUAUCAAUCGCUGGGCUCCGUAGCAGUCCUACACAGGCCAGACCUUGUUGUGUGCGUCUGGAGAUUGUUGCCUGUCAGUGUGAAGGCCUAGAUUUUUAUCUGUAAAGAAGUGUACAUUCCAUUGUCCAAUUUCAGAGUUGUGCCCUGAGGGGAGAUUGCUGGGAAUUAAUUAAAUGGGAAUCUAUUUUUCUUCAGUUUC